CGCACCCUGCAUCACCUGCAGCCAGCAGCAGCUCAGUGCAAAUGGGCGGCGUUUUAUAUACUGGACGAGGAAGACCUAACGCAACCAUUCAAGCUGUAUAUUCCUCCUGUCGGUGCGGCAUCAUGGCUGUAUUAAUGUCUGACUGUAACGAUCUGUCGUGGCGGCUGUUGUUGGAGUAGUAAGGCCCGCCUGUGUGUGUGUGGAGCUCCGGCCUGCCGUCCUUACAGCGCUGUGUGCAGCGUGUAGAUGCCUUGGCUGAGAUGAGUGUGAAGGCUUUUGAGCUAGUCCCCGCUGUGGAGCGAGACCUCCUCAUGGGCGACAAGGCUCGCAUCAACAUCGAGUGCAUUGAAUGCUGUGGAAAACACUUGUACAUGGGCACCAAUGACUGCUUCAUCCACCACUUCCUGCUGGACGAGGUCACUUCCUCCAAAGGGAAACUGACUUACUCGGCUCAGAAGCUACUGCACAAAUAUCUGGGCCUCAAGAAACCAGUUGCUGAGCUGCGAGCUGCCUCCGCUUUGGAACGUCUGAUAGUGCUUUGCGAUGGAAUAGUCUUCCUGGUCGACAUGGUGACACUGGAGACCGUGCCCUCUGCGGCAGGAGGUGGAGCCAAGAUCAGAGGUGUAUCAGCGUUCUGCAUUAAUGAGAACCCGAUGAACGGUGAUCCGUUCUGUGUGGAAAUGGGUGUGCUCUCCUCCAAGCGGCGGACCGUGCAGAUUUACAUGGUGUAUGAGGACAGAGUGCAGCUGGUCAAAGAGGUGACCACUCCAGAGCAGCCCUGUGCUAUCAGUGUUGAUGGUUACUUCUUGUGCCUGGCCCUCGCUACACAGUACAUGAUUCUGAACUACAACACAGGAGCCUCCCAAGACCUCUUCCCUUACAACAGCGAAGAGAGGAGACCCAUUGUGAAGAGGAUCGGCAGGGAGGAGUUCCUCUUGGCAGCACCUGGUGGUCUGGGAAUGUUUGCCAAUGCAGAAGGGGUUUCUCAGCGGGCUCCAGUCAACUGGUCAGAGAGCGUGAUUGGUGCUGCUGUGUGUUUUCCGUACGUGGUGGCUUUGGAUGAAAGCUUCAUCACCAUCCACAGCAUGUUGGACCAACAGCUAAAACAGACCCUUUCAUUCAGGGAUGGACACAUUCUACAAGACUUUGAAGGAAAGGUCAUUCUGGCCUCCACUAAGGCAGUGUAUGUCCUGGUACCCCUGCCGCUGGAGAGACAGAUCCAGGAUUUACUGGCCAGUCACCGAGUGGAGGAGGCGCUCAUUCUCACAGAGGGAGCACAGCAAAAUAUUCCCAAAGACAAGUACCAGAUUUUGCACAAAAGAAUCCUCCAGCAGGCAGGUUUCAUACAGUUUGGCCAACUUGAGUUUCUAGAAGCAAAAGAACACUUCAGGAAGGGUCAGCUGGAUGUGCGGGAGUUGAUAUCUCUCUACCCACUGCUGCUGCCAGCUUCCUCUUCAUUCACACGCUGCCACCCUCCUCUCCACGAGUUUGCAGAUCUCAACCACCUGGCGCAGGGCGACCAGGAGAAAGUGCUGCGAUGCAAGAAAUUCCUUAUCAGUUAUUUGGGAGAGGUACGAAGCACAGAGGUGGCCAAUGGCUGUAGAGAGGACGUGGACACUGCACUGUUAAAGCUGUAUGCUGAACAGGAUCAUGACAGCCUUCUAGACCUGCUAGCUUCAGACAAUGCCUGCCUACUAGCAGACAGCGUCCCAUGGCUGGAGAAAUAUCACAAGUAUUUUGCACUUGGGCUGCUCUAUCAUUAUAAUGGUCAGGAUUCAGCUGCACUUCAGUUGUGGAUUCGAGUGGUAGAUGGGGAUCUGCAGGACUCCACAAGAUCUGACCUUUAUGACUACAUCGUGGACUUUCUCUGCUCCUGCUCCAACCUGGACCUUGUGUGGAAGUAUGCAGACUGGGCCUUGCGGAAGAAUCCCACCAUAGGUGUCCACAUCUUUAUUAAGAGGCCUGCCAGUAAAGAGCUGUCACAACUGAACCCUGAUGAUGUCAUCACUUACCUGGGAAAGCACAGCCAGGUGCUGCUUCUCUACCUGGAGCACCUGGUGCUGGAGAGAAGGAUAAAGAAAGAGAAGUUCCACACACACUUGGUUGUGUUGUACCUGGAGAGGGUCUUGUCACUGCUGUCGGAGUCGCCAACAGAUGAAGAGCAGAUCACCAGAGCUAGAGAGAAGCUCCAAGCUCUGCUCAGGGAGUCCGACCUAUACCGUGCUCAGUUUCUUUUAGGUAAGAUGGAGAACUGUGAACAACUGCUGCUAGAGCGUGCAACACUACAUGGAAAACUGGAGGAGCAUGAUAAAGCACUGCAUAUAUUGGUGCACAAGCUGAGAGACUUCCCGUCUGCUGAGGCCUUCUGUAUAUGGGCCUCUUCUUGUCGGGAUUCUGCUUACCGACAGCAGCUAUUUCACCUGCUCUUGGGGGUGUAUCUAGACGGGAACCUUCCUGGAAAAUCCCAGACUGCAGCAGGAGGCGGAGACAUGGAGAUGGCGGCAGUGGACCUCCUAAAUCGGCACGGCGAGGUGUUCGAUGCGGUUCGUGUCCUGCGCGUGCUCCCUGAGGGCUGGUCACUGCAGCUGCUGCGGCCCUUUCUGGGUCGAGCCAUCAGGGCCAGUAUGCAUGGCUGCCGCACCUCCCAGAUUGCUGUGGGGCUAGCCCACUCUGAAAACCUUCAACUGCUGCAUGACAGGUUGAAAGACCGGAAGAAACCAAUUUUUGUAUCUGAAAAGAAAGGAUGCCACCUGUGCCACAACACCUUCAGUGAGCCUGACGUUGUGUGUCUGCCAGGUGGAGUGCCUGUCCAUACUCACUGUGUCGCCCAGAGAGUAAGAGACUCUCCCACUAAGAGACAGUUAACUAAUAGCAGUAACCAUACGUGAGACUUGACCCUUCAAACUGUCAUGUGAUCUGUGAUCAGAGGCACCAAAGUAAAGCAGGACAUGCUGACGACUGUGGGGAUGACAAAAAGCACAGAACACCCUUUGCCAUAGUAGAGUCUGCUAUGGAGCUGAUGAGAAACACAAAAGAAAGCUGUGCGAGUAUGUAUGUGUGUGGGAGAGACAGAUGAUGUCAUCUAUUUAUUCCUGUGCCACAAUUAUACCACACUGACUCAGACGGCAAGUCUUUAAUAGAAGUUGGGCCCUGUUCAGACCUGGUAUUAACAUGCGUCCACGGUGAUCCGAUCACAAGUGGACCCAAGACGCAUUGAGAUCCGAUCGCUCAGGCCACAUUCGGAGGUGGUCUGGGCCGCAUAUGGCCACAUUCUAUUAGUAGUGUGAACAUGAAUGUGUCCUGGCGUGUGUGAAUGUUUUUUUGUUACUCACCAAGAAAGGGUAUCCACAAAAGCUUGUAAGAUGAUGGAAUGACUUCUUUUGCGAUGAAAGUAAUCCUUGGGUUGUUGGCGGGGGCAGUGAUGGGGAUCUGGGAGUCAUCCACAAUCUCACGCAGUCUGUCCCCUCGAGGCCAAGUAAUAAAUUGGCACUGAAGUGUGUGCGUAGCCAACACGUUCUUAUCCCAACUCGUCAUAUACUGACGCUUUGUGAGACCCCUCGGCGUCACUUUUCGCCCGCAGUAAAAACAUGCUGAAUGUUGUUAAUUAAACAAAAACACUUGCUUAGGAUUAGGCAACAAAACCACUUAGUUAGGUUUAGGAAAAAACAUGGUUUGGCUUAAAACUACUACGUUAGUACAGUGAAAAUGUGACUUGACGUUGUGAACGCGGGACGCGAACGAUCAGCUGAUAGUAAAGCGUCAGCAUUUGACGCCGUGGGAAUGAGAACGGGCUGGUUUAGUGCGACAAACCUCCCAAACACAAUUGGAUACUGUUAAUUUGUAUUGCUGCCAUCCGACGGUUAAACACAACAACACAUUUGUUGUCUUUGCAAACAGAAAUGAUAUACGUGUUUAUUUGCAUAUAGAGUGGGAAGUGAGAUCUGAUCAAGUGGUCACUGAUGAUACAUCCUAAUGCCAGGUGAGAACUGACGGGUCUACUUGUGAUCAGAUCACCCAAGACGCAUGUUAAUUCCAGGUCUGAACAUGUCCUACAAGAACAGCUAAGUCACCCGGCCCUUUAAUCCAUUUAAACAGAGAGUUGAUUAAAGACAGGCUCCUGUGCGUAUCUGUGGGUUCAGUGCCGUACCAGUCAUCGUCUUCGCUUGAACAGUUAAAAACUGAAUUUGAGAAACUGCUUGAACUGCAGAACACACAAUAUUUGAAUCCUGUUGCAAAUAUUUCUGAAGCAUGCAUGGUAUUACCACUCUUACAGUUCUGGUCUAAUCACCUCAUAUGGGUAUUGUAUUGAUAUUGUCCUAACUUGCACAUUGCAGUGUUGGGUUUUAAUGUGAAAUACUACAAAGACUCAUCAGUACUGAUGGAAACUGAGUCUUUUGUCUGUCUGUUACUCUCUGGGAUCUGGUCGCACUGCUGCUUUAUUUUCCCCUCAGCUAAAAGGGCACUGGAUGUUGUAUUCACAGUAAUUCAGUUCAACCGUUUGAUCCCAACCUGUCAGUCAUCAUGGUUAAACACCUCGUCUCAAUGUGUCGUCUGUGGAGCAACAACAGUGUAAAACACUACAUGAAAUCUUACAGGGCUUCACUACUCAUGAAUAUGUGUAACUCAAUACUCAAACUGCAUCAAGAACCAAUCAGAUUGACCCUCUAAAACUUGCACAAAUCAAAUAAUCUUUACUGAUAUGUCAGUAGACACAUUGUGAAGCGUGACAGCAAAUGUAAUGGCUCAGAUAUAGGUGGCAGAAAUGUAGAGUAUCUCAAAUCAUGUGAAAUCAAGACAAUUUUGUCUGGUUUUGAGUAACAAAUGAAUAAAUCAAGAGGGAUCUUCUCCGCUCGCCUGCUGUCAUAGAUCCAUUUUGUUUGUUUGGCUAUUGAACAUACAGUGAUUAAGAUAUUUUAAAUACGAUCAACACAAAACAAAGGUCAGUCAGUGGCAUUAACUAUAUUAUUAGUUAUUCUGAAAUUAAAUUUGAGUCAGGAGGGGCGAGGAGGCAAUUUGUUCCAAACAUUUUCAAUGUGAAUACUGUGAGAUAAUUGUAAUUCAACUCCGUUAUUACAAUAUGUGGGUUAUAAAGGUAUUUUUUCACAGCUUACAUAUUGUGAUGUAGACAUUUUAAGCUGUUAAAAAGUAUUUGACCACAACAUAGCAGUAAUGUGUAAAGUGUUUAAAACAAAUGAUGGUAUUCUGUAUCAUUAUUCUACUAAAUGCUUUUUAAAUUAUGGUUAAAACUAUAACAACUUUAACAACUAUAUGAAGCUGUUUGGAACAAAACCUCCAAAUCUUUUUCUCCCAUAUUGACCAGAAUCUUUAUUUAUGUCAACUGUGUUAUUAAAUUAUCUUCAAACAGAUGAUGAAAACUGAUAAACUCAUAGCUGCUACUGUUGCAUCAGACUGACAGUGAACAGGAUUGGCAUGAAAACCUCCAGAUUAAGCGGUUGAUGUGGACGAGGACGACUUUCUACCGCAUUCCUAAUGAAAGUGACGAAUGACUGUCAAAGAACAUGUCUGUCUCAUAAUGCAUGAUAUUGCACUGCACAUAACUCCUAAACUUUUUUCAUUCAUGGCUCUGAUGGCCCAAGAACAUGUGGCUCGAUACAUCUCAGCUCUCCAUCUAACUGCUGAGUUAUGGCUUUAACUUUCUCACCAUGACACCCCUCUUAAAAAACAGAAAGAAAUAGAAGUAUUAUAUCAUAAAGUGGUCCUAAAAUUGUUGACAGGUUUUUCAUCACAGAUCACAGCUUCGUCCGUUAUCUGACACAUACUCGACGUUUGGAAAGCACUAAAGUGCAGCUUGGACCUCAUAAAUGUUUCUCUCAGAUGGACAUAACUAAUGGCAGGUGCAUAAUGUGUUUGUGUUGCUAAAUUGUGUGAACAGUCAAAAAUCAGGGACGUAUUCCUAAAUGUCUGCUGGAGGUGAAGCUUUGCUAGAAAGAUGUUUAUGUCAAACCUCAAUCAUUUUUUGUGUUAUCUCACAAAUUGUGUCAUCAGAGGUGGCAGAAGAAGCAUGAAAUUCAUAACAGAGCAAUGAGAGAAAACCCCUGACAAAUGUAGAGCUGCUGCACACAGAAAACACCCUUUAUAAAGUUAAAUCAUAGUGUACCUCCAUGUUUUCUUUUUCAUAUUCAACACUUGUCUCUCGUCCUAGAGGUGUGCCACCGUCGGUCUCUCACUGAAGAUGCCCAUCCAGGUUUUUUAUUUUGACGGUUGUGACUUCAGAAGACGUGAAAAUGAAUCCUUAAUUUACACACUACUAACUCUGUACGAGAUAUCCAUUCAAAUUAGUUCUGAAAAAGAGAAAAUCUGUCCCGAAAUCAAGCCUCCAUGGACUAUAUGAUUUUAAAGCGUUCCUAGUUUCUGAUUAAGCAAAAACCAACAGAACAGAAGUGUCUCCUCAGUUGUUUCUUUUUUCUUUUUUUAAACUAAUUUACAGAAGUCCGACAUUGUUAAUCACAUCACUGUUGUAGGUUUUGCUUGUUUCUCUGGUGCCUGUGCUGUUGAUGCUAGCCUUCUAUAACUGCAACACAUUUCUGCAAGGGACAUUUGUGAAAAACAUGGGACUAUUUUUCUAACAUGGAGAUCUGACUAUUGUAGAUUCUGCAGACUGGACUCACUUUCCAUGACAGAAAUUCACAGCUUAUGCACAGCAUCCUUCUGUCUGAACAGUUUCAGUGUAGCUUGCUUAAAAGGCCUCCUAACUUCAAAUAAUUUAAAAAAUACAGUACAGUUGUGUGAUUAAAAAAAUACUAUUGUAUUUUAUAAAUAUAUGUAUACUGGUAUGUAUAUACUGCAUUUGUACUUGUUUGUUGCUUUCUAAAUCAAUGCCAAUGUGGAUGGAGUGUACAAACUGUAAAUCCGUCCCAUUUUAAUAAACAUGAAACUGUAUAUCAA